AGUCUGUGACAGCUGUUAAUGGCAAAGUGUUUUGUGUGAGUGCAUGAAAAAUCCCGGAAACGAAAACGCUUAAAACCCAGUAACGAUUACCGAAACAAACCCCUAAAAUUCCAUUGUUUCUUCACUCUCUCACAAAUCUUCUUCGCUCACUACACUUGCAAAAUUUCUUCACCCUUUUUUUGGGGUUCAAUAACAUGAGGUGGGAUAAGGUGAGGGUACAAGGAGUGGGUGUUGGGCCCGGUAAGAGGUGGGGCCACACCUGCAACGCCAUCGGGGGAGGGAAACUUCUCUAUGUGUUUGGCGGCUAUGGCAAGGAUGACUGCCAGACUAACCAAGUUCAUGUCUUCGAUACUGUUAAUAGGAUGUGGAGUGAGCCUGUGAUGAAAGGAGCAGUGCCUAUACCGAGGGACAGCCAUAGUUGUACCACAGUUGGCGACAAUCUUUUUGUCUUUGGGGGUACCGAUGGAAGAAGGCCUCUUGGUGAUUUGCAUAUUCUGGACACUUCUUCUAACACAUGGAUCUCACCAAGUUUAAGAGGUGAUGGGCCUGAACCUAGGGAAGGCCACAGUGCAGCCCUUAUUGGUAGACGGCUAUUUAUAUUUGGUGGAUGUGGAAAAUCUGAGGGUAGUGAAAUAUACUAUGAUGAUCUCUAUGUAUUGAAUACAGAGACAUUCACGUGGAAACGUGUUGUACCAUCUGGCACCCCACCAACCAAGCGUGAGAGUCAUAGCUGCUCAUCGUGGAGGAACAAAAUCAUUGUCAUUGGUGGGGAAGAUACAUGCAAUUUCUACCUGUCUGAUGUUUAUAUCCUUGACACAGAUUCUUUUGUUUGGAGCAAGUUAAACACAACGGGCCAGUUAUUAUCACCUCGAGCUGGGCAUACAACUGUUGCCUUGGGCAAGUACUUAUUUGUCUUUGGUGGUUUCUCUGAUGAGGAGAACCUAUAUGAUGAUGUUUAUAUGCUUGAUGUUGAUGCUGGUGUAUGGAACAAGAUCAUGGCUACUGGUGAGGGGCCUUCAGCCAGAUUCUCAAUGGCUGGAGAGUGUCUGGAUCCGCAUUUAGGAGGUGUUAUUGUCUUUUUAGGUGGUUGCAAUAAGAAACUCGAGGCAUUGGAUGACAUGUAUUACUUGCAUACAGGGUUUGUUGGGGAAAGUGAACGCGAUGAUCGGAGGAUAGAGAAGUUGUCUUUGAGAAAACAACUGAAGUUAAAAUGCCAAGAGCAGCAAGCUUCUCUUAGUGAAGGCAGACAGAAUGUACAUUUGCAUGAAUACCAGAAUACUCUGGGGAAAAAAACUUUUCAAGCGAAGGUGACCAAAAGCUUUCCAGAUGGCUAUACUAUUGAAACUGUCAUAGAUGGAAAGCCUCUUCGUGGAGUGUUAUUUUCCAACAAGCCAAAAUCUGUCAAGUGGCCUUCUGAUGAUUCUGAUGGGAAAGCGGAAGCCAUGGAAACUGAUGGUAACAACCUGAACAAUGAUCCAAAUUCUACAUCUGAGAAUGCAAGACCUACGCCUACUGAGCAGAAUGUGAAAGAUGUCAUCCAGGCAGAUGCUCUUGGUGGGGAGUUGACGAUGUCUGUCUCCCAAACAGGAGAUGCUACAGCUGGAAUCAGAAACCCACCCACCACAGAUGCUUCACUGUCCCAGGAGCUCCCUGGAACCUCAAAACUAUUUGCGGAACCUGAACCCAAUUUGGAAACUAGUGAGGCAAAUAACGCACCUAGGUCUAUUGCUGAUCUCUCUAAGGAGAAUACUUCCAUUGCUGAGAAUAACACCACUCUAUCCUUAAACUAAGGUCUUCAGGAUAGUUUUUGACGGUAGAAAUUAACAAAUUGUACAGUUAGAGACGGGAUCAUGGAGGAUCUUACUUGCCAAGUGUGAAGGAAUUAAUUAUUCUACGAUAGGGAUGACCAGUUUGGUUGUAUCGAGGUUCCUCCCAACGGUGGUGAUUAUUUCUGUUCUGACUUUACAUCUUCAUCCCACGGAUAGGGGUGGCAUAUCUUGAACCACCCGCCCGCUUCCCUUCCUCGUUUUCCUGGGCUGAAAGUGUGACUUGAACCCUUUGAUGUUGUUUUUGCUGGUGGUUGGUGACACCCAACCUAGUCCUCUUACCUUUGACUUCUAGGUUGUUCAAAAUUGUGAUCAGUGCUAUUAUUAGCUACCUUUUUCCAGGAGCACUAUUUUGGAUACUGAAUUUCUCUAAUGUUUAGUUUGUUUAUUCAUAGUGUUGGUCAACCUGAAUUAGAUAAUCUUGUAUAAAUGUGGAUUCUACUAUCCCAAUCUUGAGAUUGUGAGUAUACCUCAUCAACCAUAAUGGAUAACUAAUCUCAGGUGGAAGGGAACUGAUUUCACUUCAGAAAUAUAAUCUUGAGUUUAACCCUUGUAAA